AUGAACUCUCUCCCGCCCAUGGACCGACACAUCCAGCAGACCAACGACCGCCUGCUCUGCAUCAAACAGCACUUACAAAACCCGGCGAACUUCCAGACGGCCGCCACAGAGCUGCUAGACUGGUGCGGUGACCCACGAGCGUUUCAGAGGCCGUUUGAGCAAAGCCUCAUGGGAUGUCUCACGAUCGUGAGUCGUGUGUCGGCUCAGCAGGGAUAUGACUUGGAUCUGGGAUACAGACUUCUGGCUGUGUGUGCGGCCAAUAGGGACAAGUUCACCCCCAAAUCUGCAGAUUCCUGUGAGCCGCUGAGGCGAACAGUAGCUGGAAUGCGCCGCUGCGACCUUCACCCAGCGACUAUUGUGAUUAAGCACUUUUUAAAUCGGUCCGAAGACCCGCGUCCGUUUGUUCAAGAGCAGAUUUCAACCACAGCCAGAUAA